AUGAUUAAAGGCAAGGUUCCUAAACAUAAGUACUGGAGUGGUCCAAGUAAAAUACCUGCACAAAAAAGAAAAUUUCUUAAAACACCAAGAAAGUCUGGACCCCAWAGAUUACUGUCUGCUAGGGAUGAGUUCCUAAUAACCUUCAUGAAACUUAGACUGGGGUCUACAAAUGCUGACUUGGCUGAGCGCUUCAAAGUAUCUGAGACAACAGUUAGCAAAAUUAUCAAUACUUGGGUGCGCUUUCUUGCUAUAGAAUUGAAGUGCUUAAUACACAAUCCACCUAAAGACAUAACACUACAACAUUUGCCAAAAAAAUUUGGCAAAAAGUACAGUAAUGUGAGGCAUAUAAUUGACUGUACAGAGGUAUUUAUUGAAACUCCAAAAGACCCAAAGGUAAGGGCUGCUACAUGGUCUGAUUAUAAACAUCAUCAAACUUUGAAAGUUCUAGUUUCAAUAAUGCCAUGUGGCACAUUUAAUUUUGUAUCAAGCGGAUGGGGUGGUCGGACAUCAGAUGUUGCUAUCACCAGAGAGUCUGGAUUUUAUGACCUGCUGGAGCAUGGAGAUGAAGUUAUGGCCGACAAGGGCUUUACUAUUACUGAGGAUCUCUUGGCAAGGCAUUGUCGUCCGCACAUUCCUCCUGGGAAAAGAGGUCAUGAACAGAUGACAAAACAAGCAGUGAAAAAGACCAAAGAGAUUGCAAAUCUGCGGAUUUUUGUUGAAAAAGCCGUAAGGAGACUUAAGACCUUCAGAAUAUUAAAGCAUGAAAUACCCAUCUCACUGUUAGAUAAAUUUGAUGAUAUUAUUGCAAUCUGUGCUGCUUUAUGCAAUCUUUAUCCAAAGUUAUGUAAAUAG